AUAUAGCUUGAUAAAGCAAGUCUAAUGUGUUCAUGGUAGUCUAGGUGGUAGGGAUGUAGGUGUUCACUGUAAAAUUCUUUUAACUUUGCUAUGUGUUUGAAAAUUUUUAUAGUAAAAAGUUGGAAAGUUAACCCACAUAGGAUUUAUCUGUUUUUGAUAUUUGCUUUUAAAAGGGCAACAUUAAUUUAUAAUGUUCAGAAAAUAAGGUUGAUUGUGUACAUUAAGUGAAAGAGGCCAAGACUCGUAUAAAUGUGAUACAUUUUUAUGGUAUGUGAAUUAAAAAUUAAAUUUUGCACUUUUUUCUCUCUUGGAUUCUAAAUUACUUCACAGAACUUUGGGGGACCCCAUUUACAUCUUGUGCUGUGCUUUGUUUUGUUUUGUUUUUGUAAAAUGAACAGACAUAAUUCCUGAUAUUUUUUGGUUUUAUAGUGCCUUUCAUCUGAGAAGUUCAAGGCGCUUUGUAAAACUUCUGCCACACAGGCCGUGAGUCUUGCAGCACAUUUGUAAGCAAUGGCUGCCAUCCGGAAGAAAUUGGUGAUUGUUGGUGAUGGAGCCUGUGGCAAGACUUGCUUGCUCAUUGUUUUUAGCAAGGACCAGUUCCCGGAAGUGUAUGUACCUACAGUGUUUGAGAACUAUGUGGCAGAUAUUGAAGUGGAUGGGAAGCAGGUAGAGUUGGCUUUAUGGGACACAGCUGGGCAGGAAGAUUAUGAUCGCUUGAGGCCCCUCUCCUACCCGGACACUGAUGUUAUACUGAUGUGUUUCUCCAUUGACAGCCCCGAUAGUUUAGAAAACAUCCCGGAAAAAUGGACUCCAGAAGUCAAGCAUUUCUGCCCCAACGUGCCCAUCAUCCUGGUGGGGAACAAGAAGGAUCUUCGGAACGAUGAGCACACCCGGCGGGAGCUAGCCAAGAUGAAGCAGGAGCCGGUAAAACCAGAAGAAGGUAGAGAUAUGGCAAACAGGAUUGGCGCUUUUGGGUACAUGGAGUGUUCAGCAAAGACCAAAGAUGGAGUGCGGGAGGUUUUUGAAAUGGCCACGAGAGCAGCUCUGCAAGCCAGACGCGGAAAGAAAAAAUCUGGGUGCCUUGUCUUGUGAAACCCUGCUGCAAGCACAACCCUCAUGCGGUUAAUUUUGAAGUGCUGUUUAUUAAUCUUAGUGUAUGAUUACUGGCCUUUUUCAUUUAUCUAUAAUUUACCUAAGAUUACAAAUCAGAAGUCAUCUUGCUACCAGUAUUUAGAAGCCAACCAUGAUUAUUAAUGAUGUCCAACCCACCUGACCCACCGGGCUCCUUCUGACACUGCUCUAACAGCCCUCCUCUGCACUCCCACCUGACACACCAGGCGCUAAUUCAAGGAAUUUCUUAACUUCUUGCUUCUUUCUAGAAAGAGAAAUGGUAACUUUUGUGAAUUAGGCUGUAACUACUUCAUAACUAACAUGUCUUGCCUGUCAUCUGUCAGCUGCAAGGUACUCUGGUGAGUAACCACUUCAGAACUUUACUCCUGAACAGAUUUCAUUGGCAUACCUCUGGAGUGGGCAUCCAGUUUUUUCAAAAUAUGCUCAGCCAGAAAGGCCCAAGAUUAUGCAGCUGUGGCAAAGUUACAGUUCUGUGGUUUCAUGUUAGUUACCUUAUAGUUACUGUGUAAUUAGUGCCACUUAAUGUAUGUUACCAAAAAAUAAAUAUAUCUACCCCAAACUAGAUGUAGUAUUUUUUGUAUAAUUGGAUUUCCUAAUACUGAUAUUUGUCAUCCCCACAGAAAGUGUAUUGGUUUUUUAAAAAAGAAAGUGUAUUUGAAAAUAAAGUCAGAUGGAAAAUUCAUUUUUAAAAUUCCCGCUUUGUCGGUUUCUCUAAUAAAAGAUGGCCAUAUUACCUGUUCUCAACCCCACAUAUCCCAGUACCCCAUACCCAGAGCUGGGCUAAUAGGAAUUUGGUUUCAUGCCUGAGGCACUUAGACACUUCCAAAGGUGGCACAAGCUGUCUCACCUGGACUCCAGGGUCUGGCUCUAGUUCACAGUGCUCUUUCUUCUCACUGUAUCCAGGUUCCUUCCCUAAGGAGCCAUCAGCUCUCGGGUGGCACUCAGUUUCUGUCUUCUCUCCAGCUGACUAAACUUUUUUUCUGUACCAGUUAAUAUUUCCAACUACUAAUAGAAUAAAGGCAGUUUUCUAAA